AAUUUUGAGUAAAAAUGGCGGAAGAAUUGGCGCUGGAUUUGGAGGAACUAAGGCAUCUUCAAAGCAUUGCAAAGAGGCCACGUAUUCUAUCUCUUAUUUCCUCUGAAAUUCGAAACUUGGAAAAGUUGCAGACAUCGAGAGAAGAUGGAAAUGCAGUGUCUCCUCCUACUGCUUCACAAAUUCCAACUCGAAUAUCAACCUCGGUUAAGGCUCCUAUAAAACCAGCGUUGGCUUAUGUUUCAGUCUCAUCGUUCAGCUGGGAUCAGGAUAAUGAUAAAGUCAAGAUAUAUGUCUCCCUAGAAGGAGUUGAGCAGGAGAAAAUUCAAACAGAGUUCAAAUCCAUGUCAUUUGAUGUUAAAUUUCAUGAUGUCAAAGGAAAGAACUAUCGAUGUGCUGUUCCAAAAUUGAAUAAGGAAAUUGUACUAGAGAAAUGCAAAGUGGUAGUUAAGCCUACAAGAGUCAUCAUCACAUUGUUCAAAGCUUCUAAAGGGGAUUGGUCCGAUUUGUACUUCAAGGGAGACAAGCUGAAACCAAAUUUGGAUAAAGAGCAAGAUCCAAUGGCUGGAAUCAUGGACUUAAUGAAGAAUAUGUACGAGGAAGGUGAUGAGGAAAUGAAGAGAACAAUUGCCAAAGCGUGGACUGAUGCAAGAUCUGGCAAAGCAGAAGAUACUCUGAAGGGUUAUUGAUUAAUCCAAUAUUAAAGGAUAUUGACAGUAAAUCUUUACGGAUAUUUAAGUGCAAUCUGGCAUAUUUUUGUGCUUUUCCUUUGGAGCUUGUCUGUGUCUGUGUCUGUGUCUGUGUUCAUGUUGUAGGU